AUGGCACGCAACAGCGAGAAAGCACAGUCUAUGCUGUUCCGCUUCCGGGCGCAGCAAGCAGCAGACCUUGGAAUUAUUGAUAUCUCACGCACCCGUCGUCCCAAGGCCAUUACAAGCAUCGACACAAUCCCCGUAUGCGAGCGCUGGCGCGGCCAAGUCGUCAAAGAAAUUUCCCGCAAAGUAUCGCGCAUCCACGAGCAAAGCUUGAGCGACUACCAAAUCCGCGAUCUCAACGAUGAAAUCAACAAGCUGAUGCGCGAGAAAUGGGCGUGGGAAAUGCAGAUCCGCAACCUGGGUGGACCGAACUACAUGCGCGGAUCCAACCGGGUUUACGACGACGAAGGGCGCGAGAUCCCCGGAGGCGGAAAAGGAUACAAAUAUUACGGUCGUGCUAGGGAACUACCUGGCGUCAAGGAAAUGAUCGAUGCUGCAAUGCGUCGUGCUAAAGGUCCGGAAGAAGAAGAGUCUGCAUCCGGUCGAGGCGGAGACAUUGCGACAAGGAAAGUCGAUGCCAAUUACUUUGGGUACGGUCUCGAUGAAGAAGAUGGGACGUUAUUGGCGUAUGAAAAGCAGAAAGAGAAGGAGGCGGUUGACCACUUCCGCCGUCAAGGCGAUCCGGACCCCGAAGAUGGCUGGCAAUCUCUACCCGGUGAUGCAGGUGACGGGGUGGAAUGGAGACUCCCGACGCUAGACGAGGUCCAAGAAGAGCUUGUGGAUAGGCGGCGGCGACGUCUUCUUGACAAGAUCUCUUGA